GCCCUUGCGCAGACCGCCCCUACCAACUAUUGCGACUUCUUGGAGCUGGCGGUGGCCUCGGCCGCGAGCGAUUUCCCCGCGCCCAAGCAGGGGCGCCAGUUCUUUGCCUUCUCUGCCGACGCGGUCCGACUGAUCAAGCAACCAGAGCUCGACUUCUUUCACUCGCCGCUAAACGAGCUACGCGAGCUGAACGACCUGGCAGACGAGGCCACCACUGCGGCUCGCCAGAACGACCCCAGGAAGUGCUGCAAGGUCAUGAACCGUAUAGCCCCCCAAACGACGCCAGCUUCAGUUGCCGUGGCGGGACCCGACGGAUUGCCCUGCGUGGGCGCGCCCGCGGAGACCCAGGCUCGCAAGCAGGCGCUGCUGAACAUCUUCAUUGAGGUCCCCCUCUGCGAACGCCCGCCACCUGCAGCGCCACCUCCGACGACUGCGGAAGCGCAACCACUUCAGCACCUGCUCCACUGCACCACUAGCGACGCCGAGCACAUCGUCGACCUCGUGCCCGACCGCGAGGCCGCCGCGCCUUUCGACGCUACCCCAGGCGGACAUCUGCGGCCGCGUGGUGUGGUGGCUGAGCUCGGGAAGCUGGCG